AUGCCAAUAGGAAUGUCUCUAUGCCGGAUCAUCUAUGGGAAGUCCUGUCACAUUCUAGUGGAGCUGGAGCAUAGAUCAUACUGGGCAAUUAAGAGCUGCAAUGCUGAUUUAGAGGAAGCUAGCCUGAACCAACCCCUUCAGGUUCAAGAACUUGAAGAAAUGUGGUUAAACGCCUACCACAGCUCUGACAUUUACAAGCAGAAAACUAAGCUUGUCUAUGAAGCCAAUAUCUUGAGAAAGAAGUUUAAGGAGGGUGAUAAGGUGUUAAGAUACCAAGCUUGGUUCAGAUUCAAGAAGGGUAAAUCCAAGACGAGCUCAGAUAGACCUUCUACUAUCAUGAAAGUGCAUGAAUUUGGGAUGAUAGAGCUAAAGGAGGAGGCCAUAGGAAAAAUGUUCCAAUGCAACGGUCAUCUCCUUAAGCUCUAUGAAGAGCCCAUACCGCCUUCUUAA